UUCAGGCUUUUGAAACUGAGAUUAUACCUGCGAACAGAGUUGUUGCGCAGCUUGGAGAAACACUCGUGCUCACGUGCAAUAGUACUGGCUGUGCAUCUCCAAGUUUUUCAUGGAGAACCCAGAUGGACAACCCCCUUGGAGGAACAGUGAACAACCACAGGACGUUCUCUACCUUGACGAUGAACCCUGUUCGCAUUGCAAAUUCUCACCUUUAUGUGUGCACUGUCUUCUGUGGUGAGGAAGAGAAAAAGGAGAAGAGCAUCAAAGUUGAACUUUACUCUUUCCCCAGUGAUCCUGUCGUUGAGAUCCACCCAUCCUUCGAUGCCAGACCCACAGUCAACGUGACCUGUAAAAUCCCUGAUGUGUAUCCUUCUGAUCGACUGGAAGUAAUCCUAAAGAAAGAGGAACAUGUUCUUCAUACGGAAAGUUUUCAUGAUGACGACUGCACAGAUAAAAAGACCAAAACUGUGGUCCAUUCAUUUAAUUACAUGCCUGAAGAUAUUGGCAAAGAGAUUACCUGUGUGGCCAUGUUACCAAUUGCUGACAUGGACUUUGAACCCAAAGAAAGAGUAACUUCUCAGAAACUGAAUGCAAACUAUGCUCCAGAAAUUGUAGCGUUCUCCAUUGAGCCUUCUACAACAGUUGGAGAAGGAGAAAAUGUUUCCAUACAAUGUUCUGCUGAGAGUAACCCUCCUCCCAAGGUUAUCUUAAGGAGAAAGUUUGACAGUGCGGGCACGGGGCCUUACAGUGAGGGGACAAUCCUCGUCCUUCCAUCCGUGACACUCUCUGAUGGAGGAGACUAUGAAUGUGUAGCAGAAAAUCAGUUUGGCACAAGAUUCUUCCUUUCAGUUGGACCGAGGAAUACAGGGAUCUCUGUUGUCCCUGCUGCUGCUGUUAAAGAAGGAGAAACCGUGACAAUGACCUGUACCAGUUCUGGUAACCCGGCUCCAGUGAUCUCCUGGAAGAAAAAGGCAGCCACUGGGGAGUUGGAGAAAACUUUUGAAGAUGCAGUUUUAACUAUACAGAAUGUCAGACAUCAAGAUUCGGGACUUUAUGAAUGUGACGCUUAUAACCAUUUUGGCAAAGAAAGAAAAUCUGUGAAACUACUUGUUCAAGUUCCUCCCCAAAAUGUUACUGUAUUAGUGUAUCCAUCAGAAAAUGUUAAAGAAGGAGAAAAUGUCACUAUCACGUGUAGCACAUACAGUAACCCACCAUCACAGAUGGUCCUGAAAAAAGUCCAUCAGGAGAAGGAAAUUAUUCUGCCCUCAGUGAACGGAACCUUUAUCCUCUACAAUGUCACCCAAAAUGAUACAGGCAGAUACUUGCUUGAUGUUUUCAAUGAGGUUGGAAAGGACAUCAAAGUGAUUGACAUAGCUGUUGUAGGAAGAUUGGAGAAACCAGAUCAAAUGCUACCACUGAUCAUUGCGUUCUCCUCUGUAACAGCAGUGGCAGUGCCCCUAGCUGCAGUUUUGAUCUAUGUCUCAAGAAAGGCGAAGAUAAAUGGAUCCUACAGUCUUGUAAAAGCACUCGGACUGAAAGUGUGA